GAGAGUCUGAAUCUAGUGUUAAUUAACACGGUAUCGCGUGCAUAACACCAAACGUUGAUCCCAUCAACCAUCUCCGGCAUCUCCCCGUAUCUCUCAAUCUAACAAACACAUUCAGAUCAGCAGCCAUGGCUAGUGGUGGUACCAAGCUUGCCGCCCUGGCUCUGCUAACGCUGCUUGGUUGUGUAGUACGCACGUGCGAAGCGAGCUACGGACAUCCCAACCGGUUGCUGACCAGCCGGAGCCCGCCGCUGCCCGGUUCGGGCCCUCCUCCGGCGGUGCUCGCCGUCGGCUACUACAACCAGACGUGCUACCAAGCGGAACAGAUCGUGAGGGCCGCCGUGAAGAAGGCGGUGUACGCCAACCGCGGGAUCGGCGCCGGCCUCAUCCGCCUCUUCUUCCACGAUUGCUUCGUCCGGGGUUGCGAUGCAUCGAUCCUCCUCGACGAGACUGAAGCCAGCCCGCUGCCGGAGAAGCUCGGCAGGCCCAACUACCGCAGCCUGCGCGGCUUCGAGGUGAUCGACCAAGCCAAGACGGCGCUCGAGAAGAAGUGCCAGGGCGUCGUCUCGUGCGCCGACAUCAUCGCCUUCGCGGCGCGCGACGCCACGGUGCUACUCAGCAACGGGACGGUUCAGUUCGACAUGCCGUCCGGCCGCUUCGACGGGCGCGUGUCCCUCGCCAGCGAGACCCUCCCUAACUUGCCUUCUCCAUUCGCCGACCUCACGACGCUCAAGACACUAUUCGACUCCAAGGGGCUCAGCCUGGACGACAUGGUCACCCUCUCCGGCGCGCACACCGUCGGGGUCUCCCACUGCUCGUCCUUCGCCGACCGCCUCCCUCGCAACGCCUCGGAUCCCUUGGCCAUGCACUCCACGCUCGCCGGCUCGCUGACGAAGAAGUGCAGGAGCGGCAGCUCCACCGUGGACCAUGACUCCAAGACCCCCGGAGACCUGGACAGCCAGUACUACAGGAACGUGCUCGAUGGCAAAGUGCUGCUCAAAUCGGACGCCACGCUCAUGUCGUCGUCGGAGACGGAGGCCAAGGUGCGCUUCCACGCCUACUACCCCUGGGUGUGGGCGGGGAGGUUCAAGGCCGCCAUGGUGAAGAUGGGGGGCAUCGAGGUGAAGACCAGCGCCGACGGGGAGAUCAGAAGGCAGUGCCGGUUCGUCAAUGCUCCGACGAUCGAAAGAGUAUACGUUCUGUCAGCUGACUCCUGAUGCCACAUACGCCACUCAGAAUGAGCUCGUGCCUUUUUUUAUGAGCUAUUUCAGAUUCCAUUGAUGUUAAUUAUUUGCAACGGCUAUCUGUUAGUCGACUUAGAAUUUAUAAUUGGGUUUUUAUCAUUUCUACCACUAA